CAACGACGAAUAAACCAUGCUACCUUGAAUCUCAACCUCAUUAAAGAACCACAAUCCAAUAAAAGUUUUAUAAUAUUUUGGUAGUUAGCAUAUGUUUCUUACCGCGAUGAAGUCUCUCCCACUCAUUGUCAUAUUUUCAACUAUUUUCUUCAUGCAGGGAUGUUUUUGCAAGUAUAUUGUGAGGAAUAUCAGAGAAGUUGCUGAGACAUAUCCCACCAAGUAUGAUAAUAUUGAUGUUGGUUCAAUUUUAGCGAGUGAAAGGUUGCUCAAAAAUUACAUGAAUUGUCUAUUGGACAAAGGACCUUGUUCUCCUGAUGGACAAUUACUAAGACAAUAUCUACCCGAUGCUUUACAAUCCGAAUGUUCGAAAUGCAGCGAAAAACAGAAAAAAAUAGCUGGCACAGUUUUGUCAAACUUGCUACAAAAUCAUAAGGACUACUGGCAGCAACUUCUGAAUAAAUAUGAUACGGAUGGUUCCUUUUUGAAAAAGCAUCGAGGAUUUGCCGCAGGAGAAGCUGAAGAUUAUUCAGAUUUGGAUGAAGCUAGAAAGUGAUAUUUUUGAAUUUCGAUAGUAUAACUAAUUAUACGAUGGAGAAGUGUAUGAGUGGAAUCUAAGAUUAAAUGUUUUUCAAUCAUCAUUAA